UGUCAUUGGCGCGUGCUCUUGAACUUGGCAAUAUGAAGCGAGAUUCCUGGAUCGUCGACCGUCAAAUACUCUGCCUAGGUACGAAUCUAAAAGGCAAGGCAUCAAGUUAAAAAGAACAAAGAAAAAAGAGAGCGCGCUUGCAGCGGUCCGCCCUAUACCUGUCCGCUGGUCCGGACUUCAGACCACCAAAGCCCCACGUUGCUUCCUUUUCUUCCAGAGGUGCGCUUCCAGCUGCCAACCUGGCGGGCUUCAGUGGAAGAAGCAAGUGCAACAGCGGUUAUUUAGGGCACUUUCUAAAGGGAGCUGCUGGUUGACUUUAAGGUACACACAAAUAACAGAGUAUUUCUAGUCAUGUGCAAUACUCAAAGAUACUUGAAGCCCAGUACCUCACCCCUCGUGGCAGGCGCAAACACGGACACACACCCACUACAGCACACCCCCCGCCCGGACCAACCACCGGCCUGGCCCAGUGAAUAGCAAAUUUAUCUCAUCUUUCGCUCCAUCUCGAAAUUCCCCAAUUGACGCAUUUUGCUCUCCUCUUCAGCUUCUGCUUCUCUUCGUUUCGCUUCCCUUUCGCUACGUCGACACGUCUCCGACAUUCUCCCCCUGCCGCUGACUUCGAUCGUUCGAGGGAAAUCUUAUCCUUUGCACCUCUUUCUACCUCUUGUUAGCUUCUGCUAUUUGCGUUGCUCCAGAGAAUUUCGUCGUGGUCAGCCGUUGUCGGACCACUUGUCAGUGGACACUACGAAACCAAUUCGUCUCCGAGUCGCCCCAGACACCUCAGUUUGCGACCUGCUGAGUAUCGCUCGAUUAUUUCCGACAACCUAAUUGCUGUGAACUCGAUCCAUCCUUUUCGGAACUUUUCUUUACCCCUCCGAGCGACUACGAUAUAACAAUGUCCAAGCUUGCUGUGGCCAAGGAGGCCGUCAAGGAGGCCGUCAUCGGCACACACGAACCUGAACAGCUUGCUGCCCACACCAAGGCGCGCUUCACCAAGCAUGCUAUCAAGGACCCUGAGACAGGCGAACUGUACCUCGGACCCGAUGAGUUUAUCAACGCUGUUGCGCCUGAGGGCGAGGAUUACGUGAGUCACGCACUCCUGCUUCAAGCAAGCUGUAGCCAAGCUUGCAUACUCGCAAGGACUUGCUAACCACUGCCAAAACAGCACAAGAUCUCCCGUGAUCAAUACUCCAUUCUAUUCAGCGUCGCGGAUGUCAAUGGCAAGGGCAAAGUGAGUCUUGCUGACUGGGGUAUUUUCGAGCACCUCCUCAACAAGCCGGAUGCCGAGUAUCAGAUCGCUUUCCGCCUCUUUGACGUUGAGCGCACCGGCUCUGUUAAGUAUGACGAUUUCCGCACGUUGUACGAGCUCAACAAGGGCCCCGACAACCUAACCUUCGACUGGGACUCCGACUGGGCCAAGAUUUACAUUGGUAACAAGAAGCACCGUCACCCUCUCGACUAUCCUCAGUUCUGCCAAAUGUUGCGCGGUCUCCAAGGCGAGCGCAUUCGGCAGGCCUUCCACCAGCUUGACAAGGACGGCGAUGGCUUCAUCAGUGGUGAGGAGUUUGAGCGCAUCAUUGUCGAGACUGCCCGCCACAAGCUGUCUGAGCAUAUUCUUGACAAUCUGCACACUCUUGUCAACCUCUCCAUUGGUUCCAAGAUUUCAUACGCCAAUGUGCGCGCUUUCCAGAACGUCAUCGGCGGGAUGGAUCUUGUUGAGCUCAUCUUGCGCCGUGCCAUUAACCAGAGCAAGGACGGCAAGAUCACUCGUCCUGAGUUCCUGAACGAGGCUGCCAAGCUCACACGUUUCUCUCUUUUCACGCCUAUGGAAGCUGACAUCCUUUUCCACUUUGCCGGACUCGACCAGCCCUCUGGCCGUCUGGGACUCUCCGAUUUCGCCAAGGUCCUUGAUCCUUCGUGGCGGAACCCCAUUUACGACGCCGUCGAGGCCACAAAGGCCAAGGUUGCCGCUGGUGGUAUCCUGAUGGGAGUUCUGACCUCGGGUUACAACUUUGCUCUGGGUAGUGUUGCCGGUGCCUUUGGUGCCUUCAUGGUGUACCCCAUCGAUUUGGUGAAGACGCGACUGCAGAACCAGCGAGGCGCCCAGCCCGGUCAGCGCCUCUACAAGAACUCGAUUGAUUGUUUCCAGAAGGUCAUCCGCAACGAGGGAUUCCGUGGUCUCUACUCGGGCGUGCUACCCCAGCUAGUUGGUGUUGCUCCAGAGAAGGCCAUCAAGCUGACCGUGAACGAUCUUGCCCGAAAGUACUUCACUGAUAAGAACGGCAACAUUACAGUCUUGUCCGAGAUGAUUUCUGGUGGUUCUGCUGGUGCCUGCCAAGUCGUCUUCACCAACCCUCUCGAGAUCGUCAAGAUUCGACUCCAGGUUCAGGGCGAGGUCGCCAAGACCGUCGAAGGAACACCGAAGCGAUCGGCCAUGUGGAUCGUGCGCAAUCUGGGUCUUGUUGGACUGUACAAGGGUGCUUCGGCGUGUCUGCUCCGUGACGUUCCCUUCUCGGCCAUCUACUUCCCUACCUACAGCCAUCUCAAGAAGGACUUCUUUGGCGAGUCUCCGACCAACAAGCUGGGUGUUUUGCAGCUGCUGACUGCUGGUGCGAUUGCCGGUAUGCCCGCUGCCUACUUGACGACACCCUGUGACGUUAUCAAGACCCGACUUCAGGUCGAAGCCCGCAAGGGCGAGGCCACAUAUAACGGUCUGCGACACGCCGCCAAGACAAUCUGGAAGGAGGAGGGCUUCACUGCCUUCUUCAAGGGUGGUCCCGCGCGUAUUUUCCGAUCUUCUCCUCAGUUCGGCUUCACCCUUGCCGCAUAUGAAGUUCUUCAGACCCUUCUACCCAUGCCUGGUACUCAGAAGGAGAAGAUUCCUACAGGAGUGUCAGAUGCCGUGUCAACGGUCAAGGGCAGCCUGGACACUAGUCCAUAUGGUCGCAGCCGCAACGCCCUUAAAGUGAUCCUCGAUCUUGAUGAGGACUUUGGCAAGGUCAAGCUUCCCAAUGAGAAGGGCUGGCGAUCGCUGCCCAAGAUCAUGGGCGGUGGUGGUCAGUAGAACGAUGAACAAAAUGAUAGAAAUGACCGGGAGAAUCCAGAAAACGGAUGCGUUGAGGUUUUUGAUCGAGGUUAAAGAGGAUGCAAGAUUGACGAAAGCGAUUGUCCGGUGACUGCUCGGCUAUUACGCCUUCAAAAACGGCCCAUGGUCGGGCUUCGAUGUCCGAAGCACGACCCGCCCGUGUUCAAUUACCGGACAAAGCCGAGGAGAUAUUGCAUCGAACCAAUACCCAGCGAGACCAAAAACCUUUAUGAUGAAAUCUCUCUUUUGAAUCUAUGUUUUCAUUUAGAGCGAAAGACAAAGACAAAAGAACGGGGAUAGAUGGAAGAUGGGAUACAAAAAAGAAGCAGGAUGAGAUAGAGAUAAGUCGGAUAUCCGGUUCCUGGCGGAGCGGAGCGGGCGAGGGAGAGCGUCUGCUUCUUUUGCAUCAGACUCGGCGUUCUGGGGCAUUCAAAGGGCAUGAUGGGAGCUGUAUUUUUACCACCCUUUACUAUGUUAUGUUUAGAGUUCAGUAUUAUUGUUACUAUAGCUUGUUUGAAUCGUUUUGUGGAAAAGAAAGCACGUUCAUGAAUCAUGUGUGGCGGUUUAUAUGGGAAUUGAGUGUAACAGGUGAUUCACGAAGCGUAUCUGUUUAACAGAAUCGUUAGAGCAGCAAGAUUAAUCGAGACUUUGGUCUCAAAGGUGUGUUUAAUGCGCUAUCUCUUCAGAGAUGCUGCAGGCGUAGCGACGCAAGUUCCACAGCCGCCUGAGCGACGAACACAGCGUGCUUAGUACAAAGAACGAUUUAAUCGCUUAACAUGGGAGUCUUUGAAUUUGUGAGAAAUUUAGGUCGUCUUGUCUCAAACAAUGAAUAUGAACUGAUGAUCAGAAAAUGUCAGAUCAUAAGGAUGGUCCC